AUGGUCGACUCACCGUCCGCACGACUUGACAUUGAUGGUGGAGCAGCACGACGUGUUGUGGGCUCAGAGUGCGUGAUUUCCGAUGUCGAUCGAAUACAUUUUCUCAAGAUGAGACUUUCAAACAUAACCGAUGCCAUGGGCAACAUCAGCCUCUCAAAUCCUCAUCGAGUCCUCGUUGUCGGCUGCGCAUACGGAGGUAUUUCUGCAGUCCUCAACCUGCUGGACUACUCCCGAGGCAAAGCACGGGAACACUACUAUCCAGGACCAGACUUCAAAGGAGCAAAGAGUAGUCGAGGAGUCGAAAUCACAGUCAUCGAUGAGCGUGAUGGAUAUUUCCAUUCCGUCGGCGCACCGCUUGCACAUGUCACUCCUAAAUUCACAAGUCACAUGUGGAGACGAUUCAGCCAUCUGAAUGAGCUGAAGCAUCCCAACCUACAUUUUAAACAUGGCAGCGUCAAGAAAGUCGACCCGGAGUCCAAAGUCGCGGAGUGGUGUGAUCGCAAUGGCAAAAUUCAACGGCAAGCAUACGACUAUCUCAUCAUGGCAACCGGCUUGAAAAGGCAUUGGCCUGCUGUGCCCAAGUCUGGUAGCUACGAAGAAUACUUAAGAGACGGGAAGGCGUUUAUUGAGAAAAUCACUGGUGGCGAUGAGACCAAGCAUGAAGGCCGAAGAGUCGUCGUGAUCGGGGCUGGUGCAGUCGGCGUCGAAUUUUCGGCUGAGAUCAAGACCCACUAUCCCAAGAUUGCCGUCACCCUGGUACAUUCACGGUCUGAGGUAUUGUCGUCCGAGCCUCUACCCUCGGACGUGAAAGACCGCGCGCGAAUUCUCCUGGAGGAAGAGGGUGUUGACCUUGUCCUUGGCAACCGGGCUUCCAUCGCGGAGCAGCCAAAUGGCCAAUUCCAGGUGACUCUGGCAAAUGGCGACAUCAUAACCGCAGACUUCGUCAUCGACUCAACAAAGAAAGGCACACCAACUACCGACGUACUACCAGAGGCAUGUCUGAACGACGACAAGGAGAUAGUGGUCCACCAAUCACUCAUGUUCAAAGACAAUAUCCCCAACGCAUCAUCACAUUUCGGCGUUGGCGAUGUGAUCGCCUGGUCUGGUAUCAAGCGGGCCGGAAGUGCAACAGUAAUGGGCCAGUCCGCGGCACAAAACAUCUACGCUUCAAUACUGAACUCCGAGCUGUCGGAGUCCGCACCAGAGACAGAAAAGCACACCUUGUCAGAGCUACCGGCAUGGGAUGCCGUCAUUGGCCUUGCUGUCGGCAAGCAGUGCCUGACAUAUGAUCCUCAGAACGGAAUAAAGUACGGCGUGGAAGUCAUGCAGGGUUACUUUGGAGAUGAUUUGGGCUGGGCCGCCAAUCUGAAGUAUCUUGGUCUUACUGAUGUUAUCGAGAAGGAGAAGGUAGAAGUGCCAGAAAAAGCGGAGAUGGUAGAAGUUGGCAUCAAGCCCAUCGAGGCUACCGCGUGA